CACGUCAAGACGUGCAUACUCUGUUGUUCAUUGUGUUCUUGUGAUUAGUAGACAUAUCGGGAAUCGGUAUUGCGCGAGAAGAUGAUUUUCUGGAGCAGUUUUCUUCGUUGUUUCUGUGUUUGGGACAGACAAUGACGCUAUGGAUACAAUAUGGCCUCAGUACUCUGGCAUGUCUGUGGGAACAGUUUUUUUUCACCAAUCUUCAUGUUAUUUUUGUUACUGUGUCCACACAACUCCAUAGCCUCUUUCAAUUCAGCUCGCGAGGUAAUUGAUCCACUAUUAUUACAAGAUUAUCCAUCACUACCACUACUACCGGGAGGACUUACUACGGUCAGAACACCAAAGUGUGACCAAAAAUUUGUAAGCACUCCAGAUGGACCGUUGAACGGAACCUUUCACGCACCGACGUUAAUCAAUCCUGAAGGAGAUCCACGACAGUGUGUUUACACAUUUCUUGCGGGACCGCGUCAGCGUGUUGAAUUGAUUUUCACCUCAUUCGGCCUCCGAGGAAAACCGCCAGAUGGAUCUGCUGUGGGAGAAUUACCUGCCUGUGUUCAUGAAUAUAUGGAUAUAUACUCAGAAAUACGAUCAGAAAACACAACUAAAUUAAUAGAGACGCCGUUUGGUGGACGAUUUUGCGGACCAAUUCCACCACGCAGACGAGUCUCCCUUUAUCAAGGAAUUGCUCUCAGUUUUUUCACUGAUAAAAAUGUCACACUACCGAAUAUUUUCAGCGGUAUUUACAGAUUUCUCAAUGCCUCCGAAUAUGAGGUUGGCACAUUAGAACCAAGUACACCGUGCACUUUCACAAUACAUGCGGAGACUAAACGUACUGGAAACAUACUGUCUCCUACUUACCCUGGCACUUAUCCAAAAGAUCUUAUUUGUAACUAUCAAUUUGUCGGACAACGUGGGCAACGCGUGCGGUUGGAAUUUCGUGACUUUGACUUGUUCUUUGGAGGACCACAUUGCCCGUUAGAUUAUGUGAAGGUAUAUGAUGGUCCUGAUAAUUCAACCGCUGUUAUCGGCACGUAUUGUGGCCAGCAACGAAAUUUAGUGUUGUACUCCUCAGAGAACAGCUUAUUCGUGCUGUUUUCUACAUUAAAACGCACGGCAAAUACACAAAAUCGAGGAUUUAAAGGUAUCUUCGAAUUCUCAGAGAGUUUUGUUAGCCUGGAUUUUAUAACAGAAUAUCAGGGUGAACAUAUCCGUGGAUCCGAAUGCGAUCAGAAGAUCCUCAGCAAAAAGGAAACAUCGGGGUUCGUAGUUAGUCCAAAUUUUCCAUAUCCUUAUAUACCUAAGGUUGUCUGCCGUUAUUUUAUUUACGGCAUGCAGGACUCGCAACAUCUGGAGCGCGUGCGACUGGAAUUUCAAAAGUUUACAAUACAGAUACCUAAAGGGGAGACAACGUGUACCGAUGGUUAUUUAAAAUUAUAUUUAAAAGGUCAAGAAGCAACAGAUUCUUAUGAUAAAUUUGAUUAUGAGAUGUGUGGUAACAAGAGCAAUCCGACACACGUAGUUAGCGACGGGCCGAGGCUUGUGAUGGUGUUCAGUAGCGGAGAAUUGCAGGCGCAGGGUUUUAAAGCUAAGUACGUUUUUGAAACGGAAUAUAAGAUACCAGGCACUGCGGCGCCCGAUGGCAGUUGUACGUUCACUUAUCGCAGUUCUUCUCGUAAACGUGGUGAAUUUAAUUCACCGCGAUAUCCUAGUAAUUAUCCGAGCGACACAAAUUGCACGUAUUUCUUCUUGGCAACGCCAAACGAACAGGUUGCUUUGAUUUUCGAUCACUUUAAGGUUCGCACAAGAAACGAUAAUGUCACAGUGGGACGUUACGGAUACGAACUCUGCCAGGAAGACUGGUUGGAGAUUUACAAUAUGUAUCGGGACGAUACAGAAAAGUUGAUAGGGAGAUAUUGUGGCGCUACCGCGCCAGGCCCGGUGGAGUCAAAUCUUGGUGCCCUUGGCUUAAAAGUGAUCUUACAUUCCGAUUCUGAGCUUGUUUACAGUGGCUUCAAAGCACGUUAUACUUUUGAGAUCGCUAAACCUAUUUUUGGAGAUUGUGGAUCAAAUAUUAGUAGUCUAAAUUAUGGUAUAAUAACUAGUCCAAAUUUCCCGAAUAAAUACGACGGUCCGGCAAGAAACUUAACUAGUAAAACUUGCAACUGGUUCAUAAGAGUUCGGCCAAGUCAGCAGAUACUCUUAAACUUCGAACUCUUCUCCGUAGAAGGUGAUCCACUAGGUCGAGGUUGUCCUGCAGCUGUAUUACGCAUGUGGGACUCGUUAACAUCUGCCCCGCGUGAGCUCUGUGGCGUCAAAGAUCCCGAAGCUAAAUGGAGUUUUCUUUCGGAGGAUAAUAACAUGCGACUCAGUUUUAUAUCAGCCGAUAAAGCCGUAGGGCACCUCGGCUUUCGAGCAGUGUGGACUGAAGUGGGCACAAAUAAAGAUUGUGAGGCUCAAUAUUUAUGCAGUAAAAGUAAAUACUGCAUUGACGAGUCACUACGAUGCAAUAACAUUGAUAAUUGCGGGCCAGACGAUUCAUCAGACGAGGAAAACUGUGUCACGGCUGUACCCACAGACAGUUAUACAAUGCCAAUAGUCUAUACAGUUGGCAGUAUCUUGGUAAUCUUGAUACUCUGUCUGAUUUGCCAUCGUAGACUGCGCCGUAGUAUGCCGAUCAAUGAGUUACCGCCGCAGCGAAUAAUUGAUGAUCGGCAUCAUUGCUACCAUCAUCAUGGCCUGUUGCAUCAUCAGUACCAAAACCACGCAUCAACACACAAUUUUAGUCAAUAUCAACUAGACCAAUCAAAUCCAUUAAACGAAAGUGACGAGGGCGGGGCGGAAGAACUAGAGCCAGGUUAUAAUCAAGAGUCCAGCAGUCCUGACAGUGUAUAAUACCAAUCACAGCAUCUUGCUUGUCACAUGUAUACAAAUUGUCUCUCGUUAUUAUUACAUGCUGCAAAAAAGAAUCCCUACAGCGCGAAAACAUAUCUGUGACAUUGUAGAAAUAUUUCAAUAACGUAUAAUAAUACGAAUAUUGCAAUAAUGUUGCUGAAAUAUUGUAAUAUUAAUAUUUUGUAGAAAAUAUUGCAAGAUAUGGGCGGCAAUAUAAUAAUUUUAUCACGGAAAAAGAUAAUCGAUUGUAGAUAUUAUGACAUUAUACUUCUGUUAUUAAAUGAUAAAUUUUAAUAAUUAUUUAUAGAAUUAUUUCCUUAGUAGCCGUUAUACAGUGACGUUAGACAACUAACAUUUACUAAAAAACAUUUUUUAAUAUCUCACAACUCCGCCCUCAGAGAGAUUGCAGUGCAACAUCAUAGCAAUGUUGCAAUGCAAUGUUGCGAUGGAUUGCAAUGUAACAUCAUAGCAAUAUUACAAUGCAAUGUUGCGAAACAAUAUUUCUGCAAUAAUGCAAUGUUUUUGGUUUUUGCACAUAUAUAAGCAGCGAUUUUGCUACUCUUCAAAGCAACAUAUAUCGGAGUUAUAAUUACAUUUUAAAAACAUAUUAUAAAUAUUCAAAUACACACUUAUUAUUACAACACUGUUUCCUGAGAUUUAUUAUUCGCGAGAGUGAUUCGCAAUAAUAAGACUUUUCAGUAAAUACAAAAUUUGAGUAAUUAUCAAUAUAUACUUAUAGAAAAAUCAUACUAUUAAUUAAUGAAUUGUUGCUAGUUUCAAUUAUAGUUUCAAUUAUUUAAUAGACAUAGUACUUUAUAUAUAUUAGUAUAAUAGCUUUUCGAUGUAACAUGUUUUCAAAUAUAUCUUUUAAUUCCGAUAUAUACCGUUUGAAAGAGUAAUUUUUAAUUAUAUUUUCAGAUAUAAAUAAAAAGAAGUUUAAAAUACA